UUGCACCCGGUACUGUUGUUCACAGGACUCAAUAAAAGCGCCGCCCAUCCUCCGUAACUCACAACACUCACUCAUCUGAGAUCAGAGACACAGCACCUUCACACGAGGACAAGAGACAUCAACUGCGAAAAAUGGACCCUUGUGACUGCUCCAAGAGUGGAACCUGCAACUGCGCAGGAUCCUGCACCUGCACAAACUGCUCCUGCACCACCUGCAAGAAGAGCUGCUGCUCAUGCUGCCCAGUCGGCUGCACCAAAUGCGCCUCUGGCUGCGUGUGCAAAGGGAAGACUUGUGACACCAGCUGCUGUCAGUAAAGACCCUUUGACUUCUUCCCUUGGGAUGGAGGCUGUGUGAACAACUUUGACUUGAUUGCAGUUGCAAAUGUCACAGAGAAUAAUGUAUUUUGUACUUCUACAUUGAAAUAAAUAAAUUUCCUUAAUGUGA